CCCUCGUUUUUCAAAACGAACACACGACGUAAGUAAUCAUGGGAUUCGUUAAGGUAGUCAAAAACAAGCAAUACUUUAAGCGCUACCAAGUUAAGUUCAAGAGGCGUCGUGAGGGAAGAACAGAUUAUCAAGCUAGAAAGCGUCUGAUCUUCCAAGAUAAGAACAAGUACAACACCCCAAAAUAUCGUUUAAUUGUUCGUUUGAGCAACCGUGACAUCACAUGUCAAAUUGCAUAUGCUCGCAUUGAAGGAGAUCGUAUUGUCUGUGCUUCAUACGCUCAUGAAUUGCCACGUUAUGGAGUCAAAGUUGGUUUAACUAAUUAUGCUGCUGCAUACUGCACAGGAUUAUUAGUAGCACGUCGUAUCCUCCAGAAAUUGGGUCUUGAUAGUCUCUAUGCUGGAUGUACAGAUGUUAAUGGUGAUGAAUAUUCCGUAGAACCUUUAGAAGAUGGCCCAGGAGCAUUCCGUUGUUACCUUGAUGUUGGUUUAUCAAGAACAACUACUGGAGCUCGUAUCUUUGGUGCAAUGAAAGGAGCCGUUGAUGGUGGAUUAAACAUUCCCCACUCAGUCAAGCGAUUCCCUGGAUAUAAUGCUGAAGAUAAGAACUUUGAUGCCGGAGUUCAUCGUGAACACAUCUUUGGACAGCACGUAGCCAAAUACAUGAAAGAACUCGAAGGUGAUGAUGAAGAAGCCUACAAACGUCAAUUCUCCCGCUACAUCAAAUUAGGUAUUCGUGCUGAUGAUAUCGAAACCCUUUACAAGAAGGCACAUGAAGGUAUCAGAGCUGAUCCCGUCUACAACAAAAAAGCUGAGAAGAAAAUCACUAAAAAGAGAUGGAACAAAGCUAAGCAAACCCUCGACGAACGUAAGGGCAUCAUCAAUAAGCGCAAGACAGAUUUCCUUGCAAAGUUGGAAGCAGAAUCUGAAGCAUAAAUCACUUCUUGAUUCUCUCCGGAGACCUUGCGAGCAUAUAGCGAUAUCUAACGUUAUGUUCCAAUAUGAAUUAAUUUACAUCCGUUUCAUAUGAAUUUAUGAAGAUUUUAUAUCCAGUCUUUGAGAAUAAAAAUGCAAGGUUU